AUGGCAGAGCAAUCGCCCUUCUCAGAAGCCUCUCCUGACGAUGCAGAGGGCGUCGCGAACGAUGAUCAGUCAUCAUCGAAUCGUACAGCUUCCUUUGCCCGUGCCGGAUCUUCGCCCGCCGUAGGACAAUCGUCGGACACCCCGGGGUCGACAUCGAAUACACAUGCGCCGCCGGGGGCGCACGAGCAGGGCGGAACUCCGGCACCGAGCACGAAGCCCACCGUCGACGCGCAUGGCAGAGCGUUGAACCCCAGGUCGUGCGUGACCUGCCGGAAGCGUAAGGUCAAGUGCAAUAAGGUCUGGCCAUGCAAUCAUUGCAGCCGAGCGCAUAUCGAAUGCGUGUUCCCGGCGCCUGGAAGGGCUCCUCGGAAACCACGAAAGCUAGGUGAAGGGAGGGACAAAGAGCUGCUGGAGCGAUUGCGCCAGCUGGAGAAUGUGGUAAAGGGACUAGGCGCGGAAGUGCCAGGAGAUGAAGCCAAAAGCAAAGAUGAAGAGAAGCAGAAAGAGCACCCAGCUGGCCGCGAAGUACUUGAACAUAGCUUGAAUGGAGGUACGACUGCGCUGGCCUUGAAAGACUCGGAAGAGGAGUUCCGCAACAAGACCAGAUGGGUGGAGGACCAGCAGAAGGGCCGCUUCGAGACGAGAUUCGGGCGCUUGGUCGUGAACGAGGGCAAGUCGAGAUAUAUCAACAACUCCUUUUGGGCAAAUCUGAGCAAUGAAGUUGAAGAUCUGAAAGGUAUCUUGAAUCAGUCCAGCGAUGAUGAUGAGGACAAUUUGGCAGUCUCGCCCGGAUCAGGUUCGAUUCAACUGCCGCCAAGCAAUUCUCAAGCAUUCGUGUUUGGCUUCACUUCGCAGAAUGUGGAUAUGCUCUCAUUACAUCCCCUUCCAGGCCAGAUCAAAGACUACUGGGACAUUUUCAAAGACCGCGUCGAUCCGUUGUGCAAGAUUUGUCACGUUCCGACUCUCGAAGGGACAAUACUCAGCUCCGCCGCACACCUUUCCAAUCUGUCGCGAGGUUUUGAGUGCUUACUCUUCGCUAUCUACUAUGGCGCAACCACGAGCCUGGUAGCGGAGGAUUGUGUGAAGAUGCUGGGAGAGGAGAAGGCGGUUUUGCUCGCCCGGUAUCGUUUCGGUCUCCAGCACGCUCUCGCAAGGGCGAACUUUCUGACGACCGAGGAGAUCGUCGUGCUCCAAGCCUUCGUCAUUUUCCUUAUAUGUUUGCGACGGAACAGCGAUGCGCGCGUCAUCUGGACUCUUACCGGCCUCGUGGUCAGGAUAGCUCAGACGAUCGGGAUUCAUCGUGAUGGAUCACAUUUCGGACUUUCACCUUUCGAAAUCGAGAUGCGCCGGCGCUUGUGGUGGCAAGUAUGCAUUCUUGACACAAGGGCCAGCGAGGAUCAUGGCUGUGACCCGACUAUUGUCGAACAGUCAUUUGAUACGAAGAUGCCUCUGAACAUCAACGACGAGGACAUGACACCAGAGAUGGAGGAUUUCCCACCUGAAAGAAAGGGCUGCACAAUCAUGUCAUUCUGUCUGCUGCGAUUUGAGGUCGCAAACACCUUCCGCCGACUGAACUACGUCCCUCCUGGCCCACCCAAGGCGUGUAACGAGUUCUAUCAAUCUGUUACGCUGCAAGACAAGGAGCGUUGGAUCACAGAAUGCCAUCAGCGGCUCGAAGAGCGAUAUCUCAAGCAUUGCGAUAUGAGUGUGCCACUAUUUUGGGUAACAGCGACAGUGGCCAGGCUGAUGAUGAGCAAGAUGUGGCUCAUAGUCUAUCAUCCAUUUCAGAGACAAAGCGGAGGCGCUUCACUCCCACCAGAGAUCAAGGAGAAACUUUUCAUCACCAGUCUGGAGAACAUCGAAUACAGCUAUCUGCUCGAAGUUGAGGAAAGAACGAAAAAGUGGGGCUGGCUGUUCAGAACCUACAUUCAAUGGCAUGCACUAGCAUUCGCGCUUUCAGAAUUAUGCCACAGGACCACCGGAGAUAUGGUUGAGCGAGCGUGGAAAGCAAUCGACGAAACCAUAACUGGCCGCUGGGGUCUAGAGGAGACCAAUACCAACCACCUAUGGCGACCACUGAAGAAGCUAUAUAAGAAAGCCAAAGAAGCCCGCGCCAAAGGCCUCCGAGAGGAGCUUCUCCUCAAGCAUCGGGACGGCGCGCCAGCGAGACACUACAGCCCGAAUGCGAACCCCAUGUUCGGUCACCCAAAUCGCUCCACAGUGACCAGAGCGCCCCUCAGUGCAGCACAAUUGCAACGCUUUCAUCAAGGCCCAUCAUUCGGACAGACACCACUUGACAAGCAUGAAUUGUUACGCUCGCCGAAGCUUGGCGAAGUCGGCCCAGACGAAGUACAGAACCCGGCGUAUAUCACUACAGACAUGCUCGAUCAAACAUGGCAACCAGAUCUCGACACCGAUAUCAUCGGAAAUUUGCCAGCAUCAACGGCAGCACCGUUAGCAGCACCUGUACCGCAGCAGGAACUCGCUCGGCAAGCAGCUCUUGCUGAAGCAUAUUUCACCCCAGUCUCUGGCGCCACGUUCGGCGAGCUCGCGCAGGGCUUCCGGUCUACUUCGCCCGCCACGACUACGAUGAAUUUGCAACAGCAGCAACAGGACUUAUUGCUGAACGAUGCGUCUCAGCGCAUGAACUCGCUCGAUUCGAUGGGUAAUGAUUUCUCGCUCAUGGAUACUUCUGGUAAUCUAGAUUGGGAGAACUGGGAUCAGCUUGUACGACAGGUGGGAAUGGAUGUUGAUUCUGGCGUUAGUGGUAUCGGUGGCGCUGGCAUGGACUGGAACGGCAUGAAUUUUGAUGCUACGAAUGGGACGAAUAAUGUGAAUAUGAAUCCUGGAUUUGGGAUGUCUGGUGGAGAGUGGUUUUGAGCAUUGGCUUCGAUGCAAGAUAUCAACCAAAAAUUCAGCCGCGGACAUGAGUUCAUCUUUUUGGUUUCCAAGCAUUGAGUAUAGCCAUUUUCUGGUCACGGAAGGGUAUCUCAUCUGCCAAUUCGGGCGGCCAUUUCUCGAGGCCCUCCUCCCGCAGCGGCUUCACAUCGUGGAGAUCAAGCUUUGUGUAAUCAGCUCCCGAUACCAGAAGGAACUCAAAUAUCUCCACGCUUGCACACUGCCACGCAUCGAGUAAGGGCGCCCGAUCUCCGUAAUUCAGGUCCGCUCCAGCUUCGACUAGACAGCGAACCACUUCCAGUGAGGCCCACGAUCUGCGACAGCAGAUACUUAAUGCUGUACACGCUCGACGGCCGUCCUGGUACAGGCGAUUCAGAUCGACGGUCCAUGCGAUGAGAAUUUCCAGCGCUGAUAGCCCGAAUUCUAAUGAUGCAAAGCAUGCGCACAAUAAUGGUGUGUCCUUGUUGCAACCUGACAAGCCUUCAACCUUCGCACCCGAAAUCAGCAGUAGACGCAUAGCGUCUACUUGUCCGGCUUCAGUUGCCCAGCAGAGCGGCGUCCCACCGUAGUUCUUCAUGCCAGUGGUCCCAGCAUCUAUCACU